AGUUAGCCGACGCGUACAUAAACGCUUGGUCUGGUUUUGUUUUUUCAUUGGUGUUGUAUACUUGCGUUACAGAGCAUCUUAGUUUAAAAAGAUUAUGAAGGUGUUGAACUAUCAUCUCCUUGUGUUAGAGUGUAUAUUGUUCUCUGUGCUUCAUUUCGUGAACGCCAAAGGACAGGAAAAGAAAGGAUAUGAUCCAUGUUGUUCCUUUCCUUGUCAAAAUUUUGGGAUAUGCACCAGAAUAGGCUUUUCCGACAGAUAUACUUGUGACUGUUACAAUACGGGACGCUAUGGAGACAACUGUGAAAAACAAUAUUGGAGUUCAUGGAUAGCUGACUUGAUACAGCCAUCUCCCUACACAGUCAAUAAACUGACGACAUACUACAAAUAUUUUUGGAAAUUUAUAAACAGUGUUGGAUUCCUGCAUUCUUCACUUAUGGCAAAGAUUUUACAAAUAAAAGCAUUGAGACCACCAUGGCCUGAAGCACACAAUACUUUUGUCGACUAUACAACAUGGGAUGGAUACGCUAAUAAAACUUAUUAUGCACUAACUCUACCUCCUGUGCCAAAAAACUGCCCGACUCCGCUUGGAAUUGCAGGGCCGAAAGUACUUCCAGAUACAAAAAAGGUUGUCGAAAAAAUAUUCACAAGAACUGAAUUUAAACCUUGUCCACGUGGUACAACUGUGCUAACUCCACUUUACGGACAGCAUUUCACUCAUCAGGGAUUCAAGAGUCUUCAUUCGGAUCACACUCUCUCAUGGAGUGAGCACUCGAUUGAUGGUGCUCACAUUUAUGGAGAAACAUUAGAAAAACAGUUUUCAUUGAGAACAAUGAAAGGAGGAAAAAUGAAAAUGCAAAUGAUUAAUGGAGAGGAAUAUCCACCGCCGCUGAAACAAUGCCCUGGAAUUAAAAUUAAAUAUCCACCUGAAGUUGACGAAAAACACAAAUUUGCCAUGGCUCAUCCGUUUUUUGCAAAGAUACCUAGUCUGUUGUAUUAUACCACCUUAUGGUUGCGUGAACACAACAGAGUAUGUGGUAUACUAGCCGAACAACAUCCAGAUUGGGACGACGAACGCUUGUUUCAAACAACUCGACUGAUCAUAAUUGGUGAAAUUUUAAAAGUAACUGUGGAAUCUUACGUACAACACUUUGGAGGAAUGCAUUUGCAGUUGACCUAUGAACCCAAUCUAUUGCACGAGACACCCAUGCCAUGGUCAAGCAAUCGAAUUCAUGUUGAGUUUAAUACUGUAUAUCAUUGGCAUAAUAUGAUGCCUGAUUAUUUCAAAAUUGGAGAUAAAAAUUAUAGCAUUGUCGAAACAUAUUACAACAUGGAUCCUCUGCUUGAUCAUGGAAUGAACGUUUUCACAACUUCUCUAUCAAAUCAAUUAGCUGGACGUGGUGCUGGAGGUCGAAACAUGCAUAAAUCAUUGCAUCCAGUCGCGAUCAGAGUCUUGGAAAUGAACAGGAAGGUUCGACUUCAACCUUUCAAUCGAUACCGGCAAUCUUUACAUCUGCCUCCAUACAAAACAUUUGAAGAACUGACAGGGGAAACAAAACUUGCUCGUGUAUUGAGUGAAUUGUACGAAGGCGACAUUGAUGGAGUGGAAUUUUUUGUCGGGGUCAUGGUUGAAAAACGACAUGAUUCAAAAGUAUGGGGUUUAACACUGAACGAAGCAAUAUCCAGCUACUCUAUGAGAAGUAUAUUUUCCAACACUAUCGGCUCUCCCUCGUACUGGAGGGAAUCAACAUUUGGUGGGAAAGUAGGAUUCGAUAUAGUAAAAACAACUACGUUGGAAGAUCUCGUCUGUAGAAACAUUAAAGGUUGCCCAAAGAUUCGUUUCCAGAUGGAAGAGGCAAUCAAUGAAGAUCAAGCUAUGGUAUACAACGAUAUCGAAUUCACCGAAACGAAAAAGAAAAAUACCAAGACCGAGCUUUGAAAACAGUAGCGAAGUUCCAACGAACACUGAAACAAAAAUAGUUUCUUUCAAUACUUUUGACACUUUAGCAUUAAUCAUCCUCCAAAGUUCAGUUUUUUUGAGGUUAUCUAGUGCUGACGUAAGACGUUCAACGUUCAACAAAUAACUCAUUAUACUUCAUUAACUCCCUUUACUUUAUAUUUUAAAUAUAUUACGGUAUCAAUCACCUAAAACUCACACUUCAUUUUAUGCACGUGAGUCGAUGGGUCUUUGAGCCAAAUUUUCGUUUUUUUUUCGUUUGGGUUGUUGUCAAAAAUUCGCUCUUUUCAAAAGAAAUGGACGAAUCCAUUUUAAGUUUUAAUUUUCAGAGGAAGAAGUCACUAAGAGCCAACUUUUAUUUUUUCUAAAUUUCCUUUGACUUCCACGGAACCCGAUAUUUCACCCCAAAGUUUUUGAUUUCUUAUUUAAUUCCCGAGAACAUCUUUUAUGACGUAUGAUGUCAAGUUUGUACACAGAAAUUUUCUAUGUCAUACUCAAUUUUUGUAGAAAACGGUAAUUUUUUAUUCCGUGAAUCUUGUUCGCCGAUCUUUUUAGUCAACUCGAUGCUCAGCUAAGUCCUUACUGGCAUAACGAUGCGUGUCGUAUAUCUGAGCAUUGCACCCUUGAUUCAAAUGUAUUGGUAACAAUCACUUCAUUAAUGUAAGUCCAAUAGAUAGAUAUUAGAUUUUUUUCUUGUUUGUCUUAUUAUUAUAUACUACCAGUCUAUUAGAUCCAAAAUAGCAUCAUGAUAUCGGUGUUCUGGACAAUAGAAAGAUUUCAAUUUCGAUUUUGAAUUGGAUGCAGCUCGAAUGUACAUACAUAAUAACGUCAGUUUCCGUUGUAAAUUGAAAUUUUGUCUGUUUGACUCCAUGCCUUUUGUGAUGCAUCAUAGCAUGAAUUUCCACAGAGUGAUAGUCAUCUACUAAUGCAUCGAAUUCGUUUUUUUUUUUUUUCAUUUCAAAUAUAUACACAAAUUUUGCCUGACGAUGAAACGGAAAUGCGGGGCUUUUGCUAUUAAUCAUGAUUGGAACGUAUUUUCGUUUUUACUUUUAUUUCGAUACGAUUUCUUUCAACUCACUACUUUGUGUAAGAAGCACGUAGAUUGUUUCUCAGCUGUUUGUUAUACACUUAGAUAUAUAAACGAUUGAAAUUUCUUUGUCUCAUUUGGUAGCAACUAUGGGAAAAUAUAUUUCUGUGUUUAGAAUUAUCGAAGAUAUGACUGUGAAUUGAAAAUGUAUCUUUUUCAAAAUGCGAGUUGCAAAGAAAGGAGAAAUAUUUGUUAAU